AUGUCUGUCGUAAGGGCUGAAAUAUCGACGUGCUACACACUUUCACAGAGGAACGAAUCCAUCAAUGAUAAUGGUUGUUCGGUGAGCUUUGACAAGUCAUUAUGUUGGCUGAAAGCAGAUUAUGGAGCUCAAGUGGAACGAUUGUGCCCUUUUACCUAUUGCCCUACAGUACUAGGAUGUGAACAAGUAGCAAGUAAGCUAUUAUAUAGCCAUAUGGUUACACGAGUAUGCGGUUUAACGGGAGAAUGGCAAGAUUCCAAUUACAGUCAAUGUAUAACCGUUGUUGAUCAAUUUCCACAUUGCAUUCAAGGAUUUUGUCGAGUGUGUCCCGAUCUUCUGCGGGAUCUCGUGAUUUCGGUAUCAUUGACGCUUUCCGUUGUCUCAGUCGCUCUACUAGUUGCUGCCAUUCUUUUAUUCUCCGUGUUCGACUCCAUACAGGAAUGGAUAUGUAAAACGAUCCUCUGGUUUGUGAUAUACUUUCAGGUGGCCUCCGUGAUGUGGAUGUUGAUCGAGGGCGCUUACUUGUAUAGUCGAUUCACUAUUUUUGCCAUGCGUCAUAAUGAUGCUCCUUGGUCUCUAUACACAUUGUGUGGAUGGGGUGUUCCACUGAUUGUUGUUAUAUUUUGGACAAUUGUGCAUGAGUACAAGUCGAGGCAGCAGAACUCGUUUUGUUGGGUACCGUAUGCGCAAGGAAGUCAUCUAUGGAUACUAGCUGGAACUAUGGGAUUCGCUCUUAUUAUGAACUUUAUUUUUCUGCUGGGUAUUGUGAUCAUUCUCGUGCAAAAGCUACGGACAGAGAACUCUGCAGAAUCAAAGAAAAUUUGGCGUACUAUCAAAGCGACAAUGUUAUUAGUUCCUCUACUUGGUAUUUCAAACAUACCUCUGUUUUAUGAACCGGAAAGACCAAGUGAUGUUUACAUGCUCGGUUCGGCUAUUCUUCAACAUUCACAGGGUAUUUUCAUUGCCGUGCUGUACUGUUUCUUGAAUAGUGAGAUUCAAAAUGCUGUUAAACGGCAACUUUCCAAGGUUCCUAUAGAGUUUUUUAAGCCAAGACAGCGAUUCGAAACGGAAAGAACAUAUGUGCCAGAAAACCGAAACAUGACGAAGCAUGGUAUGCCGAUGGAAGAAUUGGAAUGCGUCAAAGGAAAUCCUCAGGAAUCAACUGUUAAUGAAGUGUGCAAGAUUUUUACAAUUUAA